UGCAGUGCAAUAACUUACAAUGUGAUUAUGGUUCAGAUUAUCUUUAUAGUAGAAGCAGCGGAGACAGCGUAUUCUGCACGUGUUUACAAGCGAGGACAUAUGUGCUACACGCCAAUAAAACGCGACAUGAUUGGCUGAAGUCAAAGCGACGGUAACGUGAACUCUGAUUGGUUUUGUUGCUUUAUUCCAGGAAGUUCGAUGUAAACACAUUUUGCGAAUGUGAAGCUUUUGGCUUUAAACUAUGAAUGUCUCGUCUAAUAGCAAUAUAGCAUCAGCGUCGCCUCAUAGCCGUGCUAUUAGCACGUCUCAGUGUUUAACUAUGAAUUCAAUGCCCAGUUUGUUGGAGUCAGCUGCAGAGAAGUUCAUUUUGAACAAAGAUUUUGAAAAUGUUUUUGAAACUUGUGACAGAGCUCUGCAAACCUUGACAAACGGCGAGCACGAGGAUGAAAGGUCUGAAGAUAUCAAGACUGGCUUUUGCAUCUUGGGGAUGCAGGCACUGGCUGAACUAAAUGAAUGGCGUCGUGCUCUCCCUUGGGUUCUUCAACAGUAUGAUUACCAGGAGAAAAUACCAGCUAAAAUUAUUCAAAUGUGUAUACUACUCUAUUCCAAAGUUGGAGAGGCAGUUGUGAUGAUGGAAGUAACCAAUAUUUGGUUACACUGUGUAGAAAACAACAGGGCUUCUGGAUUUGCAACAGUCAUGGAGCUCUACCUGUUACACAUUCUCAUACCACUUGGACACCUGGAGGAGGCCCGAGAGCUGAUUCAGGGGAGAGUGGGGAGCAAUACAUUAACAGAGGAGCAAAGACGCACAGCCCUUGACAUUGUAGAAGAAAAAGAACUUGAAUGUAAUCCUGCUCAAAAUCCUUCGAGUGAUUCCACGACCUGUCUUCUUACAAUCAAGCCUCAAGGUGUAACAAUGACACAUAGUAUACAUACUAAAUGCAUGCACCCUGGUGUUUUGUUUACAUUGUUAUGUUUUACAGGGGCAAUAUUGCACAAACUUGGAGCAAUAAUAAAACAUUUGUGCAAAAAACUUUUGGGACCAUUUUCCUGUACUUUCCAUCUCCACAAAGUCUUGGUUCUUGCUGUUUUUCUUUAUAUGUUUUUCAUUCGGAUGGAUCCAGCUCUUCCAUCUUCAUUUAUGUGGAUUUCAAAACUUCAUCAACUGAUCAAACAGAUGUGGACUGCUUGGUUUGGACCCUAUUAUCAUGCUAUGAAAUAAUAAUUAAAAUAUGUUUAUAAUAAAUAUGUUAUGUUACACCUUAAA